UCCUGGUGGAUAAAAUGUAAAAUAUUUGCCAGACUUGCGGCAAUAUUUGAUCGUUCGCAAAAUAAAUACGCUGAUAACGGCUAAAUUCUACAUAAAAUCAUGGGGCACAUUUUGAGACACUAAUCUCGGCGGAACAAUCUCAGUCAAACAAGAGCUGACACAUGCGCGAAAGUUCAGAUAAUAAAUAAAUCUAAAUGCACAUCUUCAUUUUUUAGAGUUAGUACCCCGACUUAGUCAGUGUCAAGCGGUCAGACAAUCGAGUUGAUCUCCUUCUAUCGUAAUCGUCGGCCAGUGCAGCCUAAAUUUGAAUCUCGAUCAUGCGAUCGGAAGGAUCUUCCCUGGGAUCUGCUCCCACUAAAUCCCUUCUCAAGCAACCAUCUACGUCCAUGUCCGUGAAACUCAAGCCGAAGCCCCUGUUUCGAUCUGUCGAUAAGGGGAAGGAUUACUAUCCGGAAAGUCCAAGUUUUGUACGGCGGAGAAAGUCGACUACCGCCGUGGAUCAGCAGGAAACACGCAGCGAACAGAACUUCCCAUGUACAAACGACUGGGCUGGCAGUACAAUAGAGCUUACACCAGAUGUGGGUUCCGGGCCUGGAAACUCUUCAACCCAUGGACUCAGACGAAGCCUACAUCGGGUAAUUGAGAAGAACGGCAAGGAGAAUGUGGUGUUCCGGCGAAUUCCAGAGAAGUCCUGGCGAUACAUGCGGGAUCUAGUCAACACUCUGAUGGAGCUGAAGUGGAAAUAUAUGUUGACAUUGUUCCUGGGCAGUUACUUUCUCAGCUGGUUGCUCUUCGCCGCCCUAUGCUACGUGGUGGCCUUCUUCCACGGGGACUUGAUCUUCGAUCCUCUGACUGGAGAACGGACGGGCAAGGGUGAGGAACCCUGCAUAUACGGUGUGGAAAACUGGGUGGCCAUGAUACUGUACUCGGUGGAGACGCAGACAACCCUGGGCGGUGGAAAGUACGCCAGUGAGGAGUGCCCGGAGACGAUAUUCCUAUACGUAAUGCAGAUGAUGAGUUCGGCUUUGAUUGAGGGCUGUAUGAUCACCGUGAUCUAUGCCAAAACAUCGCGUCCGGCCCGGCAGAUUACCAAGCUAAAGUUCAGCGACAAGGCGGUGAUCUGUUAUCGCGACGGACAACUGUGUUUGCUCUUCCGCGUGUGCGAUCCCCGCGAGCAGCAGUCCAUUGAGUCCAAGAUACGAGUCUACAUUAUCGUGGACAAACGCACUCGCGAGGGUGAGAUUGUAAAAACUCACGUGGAACUGAAACUGGAGGGCAAUGGAGAACAAAUAAUCCUAUGGCCCGAUGUGGUGUGCCAUAUCAUCGAUGAGACCAGUCCGCUGUUCCAGUUCACCAACGCCAAACUAUUCAACGCUGCCCAAUUCGAGCUAUAUGUGUCCAUAGUGGGAACUUCCCCUGCCACAGCUCAAUUGACAGAGGCCAAGACUUCCUACCUCCCAAGCGAGAUUUUCUGGGGCCAGAGGUUCACAAAUAUUAUCCAUUACGACGAGGAAAGCGAACGCUACAUUGUGGACUACAAGAAUUUCAACACCACCAUUUCGGUGGACAUGCCCAUGAUUCUGCCGAAAAAGGAUCAGUUGAAAUCUGUAGCAAAUUAGAUCGAUGGAAUCUUUAUCCACUUAAAAAGACCUCUUUCAGCAUCGGAUUUACUUUUUACCUUGACGUUUUAAAUUAAAUCCCUUUACAAUUUUGUAAAUAUACAGAAAUGUUUCCAUUUAUGAUCCCUUUAAAGCUUUGUAAAUAUCCAGAAAUGUUUCUAUCAUUUUAAAAAUAUAAAACAUAAAUAUAUACAAUACUACCAAUAUUGUUAGAAAUUAUAA